AUGGAGCUCUUCAGAGAGGUCUUGUUGGAUGUUAGAUGUGCCGGCCAGGCCCAAGGCACCAAAAGAAGCGCUGGUGCCCAGAACCAGAGGAAGCCUCUGCAGGCAAGGCUGACUGGAAAGCGCCCCUCCUCGGUUGGAUUGGAAGCCAACGCGGCCUUCCGGGCGUACCAGGAGGAGCCGAGGGCCAGGACUGGAGGAGCAGGGCGGCUUCCCAGCGGCUUGUUUCCGGAGGACCGUGCCGUGCACAUAGUGGAGCCGAACGGCGAUCUCUGGAGCUACUUCGCUGUGUACGAUGGCCACGGAGGAUCUGAGGCGGUGGACUUCUGCCAGACGAAGCUGCACGGCCUAGUUCUCGACGAGCUCCUCAACGUCACGAGGACUGCGGGUGAGCCGGUGGGCGAUGAGGUGGUGGCCGAGGUGCUCUCCAGGGCUUUCCGCCGAGUCGAUGAGCAGCUAAAGCUUCUGGGAACUUGGCACUGCGGCUGCACGGCCACCGUGGUGCUGGCACAUCGGACGGCUUCGGGGCUGCGGCUCCACUCCGCGAAUGUGGGCGAUUCGCGGGCCAUCGUCCUGGAGUCCGGCAGCGCGUGCCGACUCACCCGCGACCAUAGGCCUACUGAUCCUGUCGAAAAACAGCGGGUGGAAGCUGAAGGCGGCUUUGUGGCAAAUCACGGCCGGGUGGGGGGCCAACUUGCAGUCAGCCGCGCGCUGGGCGACCACUCCCUGAAGUCCUGUGGGGUGACCUGGCGUCCCCACAUCUGCGCACGCGAAGUUCCACAGGCCGGGACAAAGGCAGCUGUCACGAUUUCAGUCUGCGGCAGGGGUUUGGUGCAGGACACCGUACUGGUGAUUGCCAGCGAUGGCCUCUGGGACGUGAUGUGCUGA